GAGAAGGAGAUCCCCGUCUGGGAGGGAAAACUUCUCCAUUCUUUACGGUAAACAUUAGAUACACGGAAGCAGUCUGGGAGGGAGUGAGUGAGUGAGUGAGUGAGUGAGAGAAAGAGAGAGAGAAGAAGAAAAAGAGAGACAAAAAGAAAAGAUUUCCAGGAGCGAUGGCCACCCAGGAGGCGGUAUAUAACUCCACUACCACAGCAGAACCAGAGAGAACUUCGUGUCGAUUGUUCACUGUACCGAACUCCAACCUGAACUUUAGCAGAUUUUUUGUAAAAUUGGCAGAAGUGCUUUUGUCCUUUGUGGCGUUCAUUCUGGAGGAAGUGGUGAACAGUUGCACUUCCUGCAGCGCACUUUACUUCUUUGAGUUUGUGAGCUGCACAGCCUUCCUCUUCACACUCCUCCUCCUAAUCCUCCUCUCUACGCCCCUGCACGAGAAAGUCGGCAUCAGCUGCUGGCCCAAACUGGAUUUCGGAUACUCGGUUCUGAUCAGUGUGUUUUUAUUCAUCGCCUCCAUCACUUUCACAGCGAGUAACAGCGGCUCGGAGGUGGAGAAAGCUACUGUGGCUUUCGGGUUCCUCGCCUUCGUCGCCUUCCUCACGGAUGUGAUCUUAUUCUACAAGAUGAAAGGUUUCCCAUUUUCCGGUGCGAGUAACGAUCCACCGACGCACGAGGUCGAGAAGCUAAAUGCCAACGGUGCCGGCGGUGCCAACGGUGCCAACUGAUCCUGAUUGCUGUUGAGAUCCAGUUUCACGCCACUGAAAAAAUUCUACACGUUAAAUUUCGAAAGCUUUUUAUACGACUUUUCCCCCCCUAAAUCAAUUCACACGUUUUUUACACGUUCAGAACCGGUGUGUAAUAUUUAUUAUGCUGCAUUAAUUUUUUACACCUUUCAGGUCUUUUCUCGCAGCUAUGAAGGUUCCAGAAGUAACAUUUCAAUGAAUUGUAAUUUUUAUGUAGUGUAUUUUUUAAUACUUCCCUUGUAGUGUAAUAAUCUGCAUGAGGACACGGUAAAGUGCCACGCCGCCGGUCCGCGCUUCGCCCUGCACACGUCAGACGCCUGGUGUAAAGACACGUGUCCUGUUAGAGCGGCGUCGCGCGUGUGAGAGAGUUUUCUCUCGCUGAGCUUUUUAUUUUAGAUCAUCACGCUUCAUCACGAUCAUCAUCAUAAUCACAUGAUCAUUGUAGAGCAGGUUCAAUACUAAUCAUGGGUUAAAUUCCAUUCUGUAUGCACACAAACACACACUGUCAUCAUCAUCAUCACCAUCCUCCUCAUCCUCGGUGUGAAUCACAUGGCCACCUGCCCUGCUUUACUCCACUUUGCCACUUUAAUUUUUUUCUCCACAAGAUCCCAACGAGGCAAACGUGUUUCUCAGACGCUUUCUAGACUCAUUUUAUUCCGAAGGAACCUUUUUCCAAGCCGCUGCUUUAAGCAGCACAGCAGUGCGUUUUGUAUCGGUGUUCGACGUCUAAACGCAGUUUAUGGGAUUUAAAGAGAACGCUGGAUGAGUGGAUGUGUGUUUGUGCUGCUGAAAAUCAGACUGUAGAACCGUGUGCUAGAACCUUCCUGCGUUCACCUGCAGGUUUCUUAUUUCUAUUCAGAUUAAACACAAGGCUAUAAAGAAGCUCCAAACCCAAACGAUUGCCUGGAUUCACUCCUCCGAUCGAUCGCCUCGGGUCUGACCCAAAGAAACACGACCUGUCCUGUUGUGUAUUUCUCUCCGUAGUUCUGUACUGAAGUGUUUAAAAUGUAGUACAAAAAUCUGCGCUCAUUAGUUUAAUGUCUGGGUUUGGAUUAAGGAAGGAGGAAGUAAAGUGGGAGGAAGUGUGGGAUCUGCCAGAGGAACUGCAUCCAAGCUAAUUUGCAUGGAGAUAAAACGGGAAAAAUGUUGUCAGUGUGAUGGAGAAUUUACGGAAUCGAGGCUCAAAAACAUCUAGUGACUUUUUAUUAAUCCGCCUGAUAUCAGUGUGUCGUUUCGUCAACUUUAUUCCUACAAAAUUCUGUGUAUUGUCGUAUUUUUCUACCGAAUCGUUUGUACACAAUGUGUUUUUAUUCCUUAUCGAUACGAUUCUUAUAGUGAAGUGCGUCCACUUUCUCUCAAAGUCGCAGGAGAUUCGCUUCUGUUUUAAUUUCCGAUGGAAUUUAAUCACGUGUGUUUUUAUACUGAGAGAAAAUGUGAAAAGUGAUUCAGUUUUUAGUGGGUGUGUCUGUCUGUGUGUGUGUGUCUGUGUGUGUCUCUGUGUGUGUCUGUGUGUGUGUGUCUGUCUGUCUGUUUGUCUAUCUGUGUGUCUGUCUGUGUGUGUCUGUCUGUGUGUGUCUGUGUGUUUCUGUCUGUGUGUGUGUGUAAGCUUGUUAAAUGCCCGACCUCACAAACGGACUGCAGUGCUGUCAGUAAACAUUCCCCUUGCACAAGCACCUUCCAGUAAUUUCCAAACUAGGGCUAAUUAAUAUAUUACUCAUGAUAUUAAUUGAAACGACUGUAUUAAACUGUGCAUAACGAUGACUCUUAACGUGUUAUUAACAAUUCUCUUUAACACUGCAUUCAGUAACACACCUUUUGUAUUUCUUUGUGUUUUUUCCAUCACCAAAGAUCUUUGAGUUAAAAGCGAAUGACUCUCACUUCUCCAACACACAGAUUAAUUCCACUUUAAUCAUUAAUCAGUAAUUAAUCCUGCUUUUAAUGUGUUUCCCGUGUGAACGUUAAACCUGUGUAUGUUUCCUGAAUUCCUUUUUUUAAAGACAAUCUUGCAAUAAACCCUGAGGGAGCGCACACACACCA